UGGUCGUCGAGCUCUGCACAGAAAUACUCCCGUGUCCUUAUCACUCCUCAGUCCUCACUUCCAGCGCUCCCCACUCGUCUAGGGUUCCGCCGCUCCCGCCGCCCCUACCUCCUCAUCUCCUUGCUCCGUUGCUCGUUGCUACUCCCGUCGCCGGUGCCGCCGGCACUCCCCGCCGGUGCCAGAUCCGCGUCCUCCCCUGGACGGCUCCGGCUCGCCUCCGCCUAAUCCCAGUCCGCCUCCUGUCCUUCAUCCGUGAGGUGCCUCCCGACCUGCUUCCUCCGCCACAUCAGAGAUAGCACCCAGAUCUGUGUCCUCCCCGCCGUAUCCCUUCUCCCCUGACCGCCUCCGGCUGCCUGCCGGGCAAUCUGCGACCUCCUCGGCAGGGGCGCACGGCAGACCAAUCAGUCAGCCGCCGAGCCAAGAGAGCAGUCGAGAUGACAGGAGGAAUCGUGACCGUGGCGAGCGGGGUGAUGAACCCCCUCAUCGGCAAGCUCACCACACUCAUGGGCGACGAGUACAAGAAGUUCAAAGGGGUCAGGAAGCAGGCCUCCUUCCUCGAGAAGGAACUCAGCGCCAUGAACGCUGCCCUUCAGAAGCUCGAGCUAGUUGAUGAGAUUGAUCCAACCGUCAAGGAUUGGAGGGAUCAUGUUAGGGAGAUGUCGUAUGAUAUGGAGAAUUGUAUCGAUGACUUCAUGCGCCAGUCUCGAGCUGACGAUGCCAAGGCGGGCUUCAUCAAGAAGACUGCUCGGCGCAUCAAGAAGUUGCGAGAGCGUCUUCGGAUAGCCGAGCGGAUGGAAGAGCUCAAGACUCUUGCCUUGGAGGCAAACACUCGGCGCCAAAGGUAUAAUAUUGAUGAUUGGAGGCCCACCACCAGCACCGUGGCUUUUGACCCACGAGUGCGAGCGGUGUACCAGGAGGCGGAUACUCUCGUGGGCAUUGAUGGCCCAAGGGAGGAGGUUGCCACUGUUUUGAUGGAUUCUCGAAAGAAACUCAAGGUGGUGUCGAUUGUGGGCUUCGGUGGUCUUGGUAAAACUACACUUGCCAAGCAGGUGUAUGACAAGAUUGGCUCGUUGUUCAACUGCAAAGCAUUCUUUUCAGUUUCGCAGAGGCCUGAUAUGACUGAGCUGCUCAACAAUUUCCAGUUGAAACUAGGGAUGAGGGAUCCCGAUACAUCUCGCACUCGCAAGGUUGACGACAUCAUUGAAGAGCUAAGGCAACAUCUGAAAGAGAAGAGGUACCUGAUUGUUGUCGAUGAUGUGUGGGAUCAACCAACAUGGAAUACUAUUAAGUGUGCUUUUCCUGAAGAUAUUAAUGGAAGUAGAGUAGUAGUUACAACACGAGUGGAAGAUGUGGCUGCAGCAGCCUGUCAGAAUGACGGCGAGGGCAUCUACAAAAUGCAACCCCUCAAUGAGCAAAACUCAAGAAUGUUAUUGUUGAAUAGAGUAUUCGGGUCCAAAAAUGAUUGUCCACCCCAACUGAAAGAAGUUAUGGCUGAGAUCUUGAAGAAGUGUCAUGGAUUGCCACUUGCAGUUAUCACAAUAGCUAGCCUAUUAGCCAAUAAAGAAACGUCAAGGAAGAGCUGGGAGAGCAUAAGGGAUUCUUUGGGUACCCAGCUUGCCACAAAUCCCACCUUGGAAGAGAUGAAGAGUAUAUUAAACUUGAGCUACAUGCAUCUUCCUGCUCAUCUGCGGGCAUGCUUUUUGUACUUUGGUAUGUAUCCCGAGGACCGCGACAUCGAGAGGGACGAUCUGGUUCGGCAAUGGAUAGCUGAAGGCCUUGUCAGUAAUUUGCAUGGGCAUGACCUAGAGGAUGUUGGCAGGAGUUAUUUCAAUGAGCUUAUUAACAGAAGUAUGAUUCAGCCUGGUCUGAUAUACCGUGAAGAGGUGGUGUCAUGUAGAGUACAUGACAUGAUGCUUGAUUUGAUCCUAAGCAGGUGUGAUGAAGAUAACUUUAUAAGUGUGGCGUACAAUAACAAUGACAUGGCAAGACUGGGUGGCAAUAAAUACAAGGUUCGCCGGUUAUCUCUGAGUUCUGUGGCUAGUCGUGGAGCAACAUAUGCCCCAACUAUUGAUAUCUGCCUAUCACAAGUUCGGUCAUUUACACUGUUCUUGACCCCCCUGCCUUCUCUUUUGUUGUUCAAGUAUCUCCGGGUGUUGAGAAUAGAAGAAUACAACCAUGAUUGGGUUGCCACACUUGACCUCACUGCUAUUGGCCAGUUGUUUCUCUUGAGGUAUUUGCAUGUUACUGUGGCAUGUUUCGUACAGCUACCUGCUAAAUUUGAAGGGCUUGUUUACUUGGAGACAUUGGACAUGCAUCGUGCCAAGCUCAAGAGUAUCUCCUCAGAUAUAGCCCAAUUGCCUCAGUUGUCAUAUCUUGGUAUUCGGAUGGAAAAAUUCAUGUGUGAAUGUAUUGGGAAUAUGAAAUCACUGCGCACUCUGGUAAUAGAUUUUCGUGCGUUGUCCAUGAAGGAAGUGAAUUCAGUGAAGGUUAUUAUGGGUCUCGGAGAGCUGACCAAUCUAAGGAAACUGACGAUCAGAGUGAUUGGUUGGCGAAAGCCAGAACUUGGUGCUCUCGCCAGCUCCCUUGGAAAGCUCCGUAACCUCAAAUGUCUUGAAUUCAUUAGUGGCUAUGCUCCAAAAGAUAACGAGCUGGCCUCAUUAUCCAAUCCUUUUCCGCAUCUCGAGGAAUUUAUCGGCAUCUAUACAAGGGUAUUCCCUAGAGUUCCCGUAUGGAUGGGUGGUCUAAAUUGCCUUCGCAUGCUGAAGCUGCGUGUGAGGGAGGCGUCAACUCAGGAUGUCAAUCUUCUUGGAGAGCUUCCGUCCCUCGUCGUACUCCAUCUCUUGACGUCACGUAUCCCAAAAGAAAGGGCUAUACUGGGCGCGGGACUGUUCCCGGUUCUGAAGAGCCUCACACUUUGGGCUGAGGAAGAUGUUGGGGCUUACCUAGGGUUCGAGGCUGGGGCCAUGCCCAACCUACGAAGCCUCAAUAUCACCACAUCGAGAGAACACGGCGCUAUACCAGUUGGCCUGGAGCACCUGUUACGCCUUGAGAAGCUCUAUCUGAAUGGGGCUCGCCCCGGUGAUGCCACAGCGUCUGCGUUCAGGGACGCUUUAUCAGCGCACCCGAACCGCCCUUCCGUUGACUCAUAUUAGUUGAUUUAUUAUUAUGUCAAGAUGCAUUUUGAAUUUGGCAGGUUUCCGCUUAAUGUUAGCUGGUUUCUUUUACCAACAGUGAGCUGCUCAGCAGGCCUUUCAAUUAAUGAUGGGCAUGCGGACUAAUUUGGUAGUACCAUGUAAUGUGAUGUUUGCUACCUCUGAAUAUUAAUUUCCGCAUGCUUCAUGGGGUUUACACCGAA